AACCACUAUAAAAAACAUAACCCCAUAAUAGACUAUUUACAUCUUAACAUAUAAUUGUUUAUUCUUUAUUAAAAUGGAAUAUAUCAUUGCAAACGUGGACGGCAUUAAAUUUGAUAUAGAAAUAGCUUUAGACGAACAAUAUGGAGCGUUGCCUUUACCAUUUCAUGGAAUGGACAAAUCUAUUACUGCAGUUUGUCAAUUUUAUACUUCACCAACGGGUUGUCUCAAGGGCCCUCUGUGUCCAUUUAGGCACGUUCGUGGUGAUCGUACUAUCGUAUGUAAACAUUGGCUUCGUGGAUUAUGCAAAAAAGGAGAUCAAUGUGAAUUCUUACACGAAUACGAUAUGACCAAAAUGCCGGAGUGUUACUUUUACUCGAGGUUCAAUGCGUGUCACAACAAAGAAUGUCCAUUUUUACACAUCGAUCCCGAGAGUAAAAUUAAGGAUUGCCCAUGGUACGAUCGUGGGUUCUGUAGGCACGGUCCUCAUUGUCGGCACAGACACGUCAGAAGAGUGUUGUGUACAAAUUAUAUAGCCGGAUUCUGUACGGACGGACCCAGCUGCAAAUACAUGCAUCCCCGUUUUGAGUUGCCUGUCCCACCCGAUCAAAAUAUCAAGGACCAGAAGAAGCCGCCAGUAAUAAUUUGUCAUUUUUGUGGCGAACACGGACAUAAAGCGUUACACUGCAACAAAAUCACUUCCGAUAAUAAGGAACUGGCUAAUAAGGACAAUUUCAAAGUUCCAACUGUUGCUAAUGCGGAAAGUAACGAAAGUAGCGGCCCUCCAACUCUUUACCAUAGAAUGAUACCGAAAAAAUUAGAAGAUGUUACUUGUUACAAAUGUGGAACUAAAGGACACUACGCGAAUAGAUGUCCUAAAGGACAUUUAGCAUUCUUGUCACAAACAAAAGGUUUAGGAGAAAUUGAGAAGAAGGACGAUGAUAAUGUAUAAGGAAAAACUGUACUUUUGUCAUGUAUUUAUAACAUAAUAAUAUCUUUAUAAUAA